GACCAUUACUAUUUUUGCUUUACAUCAAUGAUCUCCCUAACUGUCUUGUUCAUUUUUACCCACACAUGUAUGCUGACGAUACUCAUCUGACGUAUGCCAGUAAUAAUGUGGGGAGCAUGGAAUCAAAUUUUAAUCAAGAUCUCGCUAACGUCAGUGAUUGGCUUAAAGCCAACAAACUGACCCUUAAUAAAUCUAAAACUGAAUUCAUGCUGGUCGGCUCGCGCCAAAGACUAAGUACCUUUGAGAACUCUCCUCGUUUAGUUCUUGAUAAUUCCCUAAUUAAGGAAGUCCCUGAUACAAAAUCUCUAGGAGUCUGCAUCGAUCAACACCUCUCCUGGAACGCGCACAUUACUAAUAUUUCCAAAAAAAUUGCUUCUGGAAUCGGCGCAAUCAAGAGAUGUCGCCCAUUUGUUCCACUCGAAACACUAAGGUACGCUUUUAACGCAAUUGUUCAACCCCAUUUUGAUUACUGCGGUGUAGUAUGGGGAAAUUGUAAUAGCACCCUUGCCACAAAACUCCAGAAGCUCCAAAACCGUGCCGCGCGAAUUCUGACUUUUUCCAGUUUCGAUGCCGACGCUCACCCGCUCAUCGAGAGCCUAGGCUGGUCGAAGCUGGUUGAUCGACGCAGGGCACAUAUGGCUACUAUGGUGUACAAAUCUCUUAACGGCCUAGCCCCGGAUUACCUUCAAUCUAAAUUCGAACACCAUGUAAGCCACUCCCAAAUAAGAGAUUCUGUAAACAAACUCUCUGUUCCGCAACCCCGCACCAAUUAUCUAAAGAACAGUUUCCAUUAUAGUGGUGCAGUUUUGUGGGACAGCCUUCCUCCAUACCUACGUCAAGCAGAAUCUCUUAACAGCUUUAAGUCCGGCUGUGGGAAUUUCUUUUUAUAAUAACACGGCAUUCAUGGAAAGCAGGCAAUCAUUUUAAUAUCAUAGUUUAUAUAGUGUAUAUAGAGUGUUUUUAAGCCCUGAUUGUUUUUACCGUGUAUAAAAUAAAGUUACAAGUUACGAA